AUGUCUUUCACCUGGAUAAUAGGACUGAGUCUGACCAUUUUUGCCCUUUAUGUCGUCAACAAUAAAUUCUUGCGCAAAAAGGGUUCCGGCUCACUGCCACCUGGGCCGUCACCCAAACCAAUACUUGGUAAUAUAACAGAUCUUCCUCCAAAGGGAACCCAAGACUGGGUCCAUUGGAUGAAAUAUAAAAAUCUAUAUGGACCAAUUAGCUCUGUCAAUGUCAUGGGCCAGACUAUUAUCAUUAUAAAUGAUACAGAUAUAGCAAAGGAUUUGUUGAAUAAGCGCUCUGCAAUUUACUCUUCACGCCCACACAUGGUAUUUGCAUCAGAAAUGGUAGGAUGGGAGAACGGUUUGGCUUUUCAAGGCUACACUGAAAAGUUCCGUGCCUAUCGUAAAGCAGUGCAGCCUUCCUUUGGAUCAGAGGCUGCAGUAUCGCAAUUCAACACUUUACAAGAGGUAGAAGUACAUCGCUUCUUAUUAAGAGUGCUUCGAGACCCAACGAAUCUUGCGCAGCACAUCCAAACUGAAGCGGGUGCAGUUAUCCUCAACAUUGCAUAUGGUUAUACGAUUGAACCAUUCGAAAGAGAUCACCUGGUCCACAUAACAAAUGUCGUACUGGACCAAUUCGCCAAAGCAGCAACCCCAGGUGCUUGGAUGGUGGACAUCAUACCAGCACUGAAAUAUUUGCCUUCGUGGUUUCCAGGUGCUGGCUUCAAGCAGACUGCAAAAGAGUGGCGAGAACAACUGAAAGGAAUUGCGGAUAGGCCGUAUGCGUUUGUCAAAGAGCAGAUGAAAAACGGCACUCAUAAACCAUCGUAUCUUUCCAAAAUAUUCGAUACUAGUGGGUAUCCUCAAGCAGGGUCAGAGAAAGAGACAAUUGCAAAAUGGACCGCCGCAUCCUUAUAUACCGGCGGUGCAGAUACAACUGUUUCCUCAAUGGAGUGCUUUUUCCUCGCAAUGGCCUUGUUCCCAGAUAUUCAGCGCAAGGCCCAGAAAGAAAUCGAUGACGUUUUGGGGCCUGGGCGGCUUCCAAAAAUGGCUGAUCGUGCCAAAUUGCCCUAUAUUGAUGCCGUAGUAAAAGAGGUACUCCGUUGGCAUCCGGUAGCGCCAAUGGCAAUUCCGCACUUGUCAACUGAGGAUGAUACAUAUGGCAAAUAUUUCAUUCCCAAGGGGUCUUUGAUCUUAGCAAAUGUUUGGGCCAUGACGCAUGAUCCAGAAAUUUAUCAUGACCCCAUGACUUUUAAACCCGAACGCUUCCUGAACAUUGACGGACGAGAUCCUGAAAUGGACCCGCAUUCGAUUGCCUUCGGCUUUGGACGUCGUGUGUGUCCUGGUCGGUUUCUGGCUGACAACACCGUAUACCUCAGCGUAGCGCAAUCACUCGCGGUUUUCAAUAUUAGUAACGCUACUCAGAAAGGAAUCAAGAUCAUGGACUCUCCCAUAUUCGAGCCUGGUGUUAUCAGCCACCCUGCCCCUUUCACAUGCGACAUAGAGGUCCGAGGUCCCAUUCAGGAGGCAUUGAUCUUGUCUGUGGAGAAAGAAAAUCCUUGGGAACCCAGCGAUGCAGAAAAAUUGAAGCAUGUCACAUUUUGA